AUGGCGCCCAGCGUGCGGUCCGGACCUCUGGUGAGCGACACUAGCAAGGUGCCCGCGAUGCCAACAGGUCUCCGUCAUUCAGGGAACUCAUCGCCUGCAUACCCUCCUGUCAUACUGUUCCCAUCCAAUGCAUCUGGCGCGCAGCUUGAACCAUCAAAGACGCGUCCCAGAGCCGUUCAUUUGUCCGCUGAAGCACCGCUGACACCUACGACUUCAGCCACUGGACACAUAAAGAAGUCCUGGGUGAACAGCGCUUCAAAGACCUUUGGAUUCAGAAGACUGCGUCGGAAGACCAGCUUCACGAGAGAAGACGCAUUGAGUCGUGACUCAGGUGGCCCAGUGCGAACGCAGUCGACUCGAAAACUCUAUGUUCAACCGCACAACCUGGCUGGUAGCUCUCGCUCACCUGUUCCUGCGCCUUUGACUCACCAACUGCAAGACAGCCCUGCUGUGCCUACUGGCGCGAACCACCUCCAUCAUCCUGUCCCUUCUGAGAAGACUGACAAGCCACUCCCGAGUCUGCCUGUAGCAACUGUGAAAUAUCAGUCUCCUGUGCGUAGAUCCCUCAUCGACUGCACUGAGAAACCGCUCAAACGACGAUCAAUGACACCUACCGAGGUAGCAACUCCUGAAGAGGAUGACUGGCCACCAAUUCUGCCCACAAAAUCUUACACCAAUCUCCCCUCCUAUGGGAACCAGUCACAGAUCAAGCCAAGCCUAGGAGAAAGCCUCUACGAGGGCAUGCGCGCAUUAGAUUUGCAGGACAACAAAGAGGGCACCUCUGAGACUCAACCGAAGGCUCAAUUCGAUAACACUGCGGACUCUCAAGAGACACACCCUCAUAUGGCUUCGCAGGCGGAAGAGAAGGAGAGCGCGGCAGAAGAACUUCUUUCAGACGGCAGGAGACGACCUCUUUCCUCUAGUCAGCUUCCGAAACCCCGAGACUCGAUGCUUCAGUCGCUCUCACGCCAUGUUGACAGUCCUGUUGCCGUCCGUCAAACCAAGACAUCGACCAUGCGUCUGCAACAAGCCACCGGGAAAUCGACCUGGGAUCCUAACGAGAAGAACAAACUUGCCAACAGUCACAUUCCCACAAUUCGAGAACAAGCUGAGUCUCCUUCCCCGUCAUGGGCCAAGCAAACUGUUCAAGGCGGACCAGUCCGUGUCAACUCACGUGGUCGUUGCGCUGUUACCGGCCGAGGAUCUCCUUAUACCAUCCCCUCUCGAGCUCAUCCAGGGCGCAAGCCGCUCCACCACAACGAGAACAAUUCUUAUGGGAGAUCACUCCGCACUCCCACAAAUGGUCAAGAGGAAAUUGCCACACGACCCUCUGCUUCACCAACACGGAAGUCCCGUAAGGAUUCUCUCCCCUUGCCGGCUCGGCUCCUGUGCCCAUCAACCAACAUCGGAGAUGAGCUGGGUGUGGCGACUGGCCCUUCUACCGCCGAGCCCAUCUUGAGCCUUGCAACGAAAGAGCAAAAGAAUAGCGACGUUGGAACUCAUCAAGGCAGCACUUUGUCCGGGCACGAUGGAUCACAUGGCAAUUCCCGCAAGCUUGAGACGGACGCGGUUAGUCAACCUCAGCUUCUGACCGUCAAGGAAGUCCUGUCGACACCGGCGCCUGAUGAGACCGAAUCCUUUGUUGACAGCGAUGAGGAUAACUCGGAGGUCAGUGUUCGGGGCUAUGACUCUUUCGGUGGAUAUCGCAUUCGACGUGUAGGCAACAACGGUUCCAAGAUUGGCCCAACUCUUCGAAUCACAGACUCUGCAAGUCGUGUCCUCCUAGGACCAGAAGAUCGAAAAAGCACCCUCGACGCCAACAGUCCCGUCAAGUUGAGGCACAAGCGUAGCGCUCCGGACGUCGCCUCUCCACGUAUGGCGAGAGAUCAACUCCGCCGAUCCAGUGCCAUCUACAGCAAUCUGCCCAGCCCUAUGGCAUUUGCGAGACAUCUCUCUGAUCGAUCUCCAUUCCAGGACAAGGCGGCCGGACAAGAUGAAGCAUGGCCGCGCGUCGAUGCCAACAGCUCUGUCGACGCUGUUGUUGUGCGAGCAGAACUUCCUGGCAGCGAAGGCACCUUUGGGGCACAUUCGAUUGCAGAGAGCGGGGACAAUCUCACCUCUGAGGCAGCAGCUUCUCGCCUGAGAUCUGAUAUCAAAGGCACUCCAGCAUCAGAUCAUGGUGACUGGCCUGGGAAAGACUUUGCAGAAUUCAACCUUGGCUCUGAUGCCACACCCACUGCAUCCAAGCACGACGCUCCGGCUGCCAAGCCAGGAUUCAGACGUCCCGCUCAUUCCAAGUCUCCGUCUCGCCCGCCAACUGUCGUGUUGCGCGAAGCACCGAGCAAGGAGACUGCACCCUUUCUUUUUCAAGACCUUGAGCAAGAACAAGCCAAGCAGGAAAAACUUGCCAAUGAUCUUGCAGAGGCGGCUGGAUCUGGCUCAGAGUCAUCGGUCAACACGCAGCCCACAGAUCCGGUCACCACCGCGAACUCUACCCCGAGCAUGAGUAGUGUAACGAUGCCGUUUCCACCACGAACCUCUUCACGCAAGCCAAAGCCGCCACCAAUCAUCGUAUCGCCACCAUCAAUCAGCUUCUUUCCCAACCCUGCUCCAAAAGCCUAUGCUGUGCAGCCGGAAAGUCUGCAGAAACCUCGCUAUGUGAAGCCAUUUUCGCAGAGCAUCUCUCCAGUUACUAACUCCGUCAAGGGUAGGAAGGUCUCAAAUGUCUUGGCACAUAGUCCAUCGACCUCGGGGAAGAAGAAAGUGGUCUCGAGCUUGAGAGGAUUGUUUCACAAGAAGAGCUUCGAGUCUACCAAGGCCACUGUUGCUAGCGAUCCUAGUGUGGCUGGUGAUACUGUGCCCCUACCCGUCAUUCCAGCUCUUGUUUACGAGGGUGAUGGUCCUCGCCGUGCGUCCUUCCGUCGCAAGCCGGUUCCUCCUUUCGCACCGAGAGACGAGACAAACAGCAGAAAGUUCAGCAAUCCGCUUCAUCCGAAUCCCUAUGCCACAUCCACCGGAAUGAGGCAAUUCAAGCACAAGAACCCACUCAUCAGUCCCACGACGCCUUGGACAGCCAACCUCAAGACGCCACUGCCACCAAAUGCCGCUGCCACGACAACCGGAGUCGCAUCGAACGCGAAGUCUACGCCGAGCUCGACUUCGAUCUCUGCCUCCGUGACAAAUCUCCCUCGUGCGCAACCUUCCCCGGUCGGCAACUCGUCCCCUUCGAUGUCUCUGUCACCCGCGACCCCGGCUGGCCCGCCCUCCCUUUCCGCGGCUACGACGCUGACGCAUAACCUGCUCGACAUCGUCCGCUCAACCACGAACCCCACGCACAAGUCCCACCUCAUCGAACUAUCGAAGUGCAUGGUUGAAGUGGUCAACUCGGCGCGUGACGCGGAGAAAGCCAUGGAAAAGGCACGCAUGGAAGCCAGUCGCGCCGAGGUGGCGUACCUGAAAUGUGCCAAGCAGGUCGUGAAUGUUCAGGGUUUGAUUAGAGAGAUUACGGAUGGUGGGGUCAACGUUGAGACUCGUGUUGCCACCAAGGAUCAGGGUAUGACGGUCAAGGAAGUCUGA